AUGAAUGGUAAAAGAGAAGGAAGUAGGUAUAUUCAUAACUUCGGCCGUAAAAAAAGUAGAUUUGAAGGUCAUUCCAAAAGACCAAUAUUGCCUAUUUUUGAGCCAUCUGGAUUAUUAGAGCUCGAAAGUAAUCAGAAAGAUGGAAUUCAACUCAAGCAUGUGGAACCAGAAGAUGCUAUGUCCCCAGAUAAGUAUAAUAGUUUAUACAAUAUUCCAAAACUAGAACGUGUACGAUACGAAUUAAUUAUAUAUAGGAAAGGAAUUAAGGGCGAAAUGAGUCGAACAGCAUUGAAUAAUAAAAGUUGUUACGUUAUCGGGAGGGGUUUGGGACGUAGUUUAAGAGAUGUGGAAACGGAUAAAGAAGAAGUUAUCAUUGCUGAUAUUUCCAUACCUGAAGAGAGUUGUUCAAAAGAACACUGUGCUAUUCAAUUCAGACAAAAAAAUGAUACUUUAAUGCCAUACUUGAUUGAUCUUGAUUCUUCAAACGGAACGUCACUCAAUGGUUCCAGUAUACCAAGUUCGCGAUACAUUGAAUUGAAAAGUGGUGAUAUUAUUUGCGUCUCUGAAGAUGAGAAUGAUACAGAUUUUGAACUUGUAUUUGUUGCCGUUUAA